ACUAGAGGAGUGCGGGAGGCGGAGGAGGAGGCGGAGGCCAAAGGCGAGGGGGAGAGGAGGGCUGGAGGGCGUCGUCGUCGUCGGUUGGGCUUGGCAGGCAUCCUUGGUCCUCCUGGCAGCAGGAGGAGGAGAAGGCAGGAAGGAGCCGUUAACUUGGGGCUGACUCUCCCCUGCCUCCGGAUGUCUCUCCCCGUGGUGCUGCCGGGCUCCUGCUGCCCCGCCGCCAGGCUCUCCGCGGCUCCAGAGGCGGCCAGGGCUCCCUCUUCCUCGCCCUCCUCCGCCGCCCAGGAGCCUCCGCAGCUCCGCUGGUCCCGUCCCGGGCGGCGCCCUCGCCCCGCCGCCGCCCUCUGCCCCCGGCGCCCCGCUGGGGCCUCCUUCUCCUCCUCCUCCUAUGCCUCCCCUUCCUCCUCGGGGCUGGGGCUGCUGCUGCUGCCGGCCAGACCCCUCCUCUCCCUGGGGCUGUUGCAGCUCAUUCUGGGCUGCUGCCUGGUGGCCCUCAGCUUCGGGGCGCUCUCCCUCAGCAGCUCCCCUCAAGUCAAGAACUCCUGCCCCUUCUGGGCCGGGUCCUCGGUCAUUUUAUCAGGAAUUAUAGGAUUAACAACAUGGAAGAGACCAAUGAUUCUUUUGGUUAACUUGUUUGUUUUGCUUUCCGUUAUCUGUGUUCUCUUGAACCUGGCUGGAUUUAUUCUUGGAUGCCAAGGUGCUCAAUUUGUGUCCAGUGUACCUAGAUGUGAUCUGGUAGAUGUGGGUGAAAAUAAGUUUUGUUUCUGUUGUGAAGAAUUUCUGCCAGCAAAAUGCACAGAGAAAGAAAAUGCAUUGAAGCUGUAUCCAGUCCAGUCAUGCAGUGCAGUUCACCUUCUCCUCAAGAAAGUUCUCUUUGCUCUUUGUGCUAUGAAUGCUUUGACCACUACUGUGUGUUUAGUGGCUGCAGCUCUUCGUUACCUGCAGAUAUUUACAACAAGAAGAUCCUGCACAGAGGAAUCCCAGGUUUGUGCACAGGAAGUUGAAGAACAAGCUCAUAUUUCUGAUCCAGAAGAUUUUGUGCCACCUGUUCCACCACCUUCUUAUUUUGCUACAUUCUAUUCUUGCACUCCUAGGCUGAAUCGCAGGAUGCUGGAUUCUGAUGUCAUUCCAUUACCACAUAUUUAUGGAGCCAGAAUUAAAGGAGUUGAAGUUUUCUGCCCACUAGAUCCACCACCUCCUUAUGAAGCAGUGGUGGGUCAGAUGAGUCAUGAACAGGAGAGUGCACUUCAAAGUUCAGAUGUUACAGAAGUUGUUAAUGGCUCAUCAAGAGAAAAUCUAUCAAGACAAGUAUCUCAAGAUGGAGAUGUUCCCAGUUCUUCGGCCACAGAGACCACCUUGCAUCCAGAACCUGGGCUGGCGUCUACAGGAACCCAAAGGAGAGCUCUCAAGCCUCUCAGAAAACGAUCUAAAAGCGAUCCUGUGCUGCAUGGCUUUCUAGGCAGAGGUCCAGUGCUAAGCUGUGAAGCUGCCACCCAAACAGAAUUAAAACCAGAACUGGCUACAGUCAUUUUGCGAAAGAGUGUGAGAGCAAAGACUUUGCGCUCGAGACCCAGGUCCUUGAUAGACUACAAAUCCUACAUAGAUACAAAACUGCUUGUGGCAAAGUUCCUGGAGCAGUCUUCUUGCAGCAUGACCCCUGACAUCCAUGAACUGGUGGAAGACAUAAAAUCUGUUUUAAAAUCAGAUGAAGAGCAUAUGGAGGAAGCCAUCACCAGUGCCAGCUUCCUUGAACAGGUAAUGACCCCAGCUCACCCAUCUACAUCAAGGGCACACACACUGCCUUUUAGAAGGCAUCCAGGACUCUUGCAUUUGGAGAGCUGUGGAGAUGUGAGCACUUUCACUACAGCACAAACUCGGCUACUAGAGAGGAGAACUCAGAAGUCAGAGCCUGAACGACCUCAUAGCCUUAUUGGAGUUUUCCGGGAGACAGUGCUCUGAGCACACAUCUGUGAGAUCCUGUACCCAACACAAUGAACUAAAAAAAGAAAAACCACUUUGUGAAAAUGCAAGCUAAUGAGGAAAUCAUUAUGAUGUGUUUCAUACUUACUGCUGCUUUUGAAAAGUAUACUUGAGGAUUUUCUAGUAGGGCGUUACUCCAAUGAACACCUCAGUAUAUUCUGAUGCAAAGUUGUCUUUUAAAAUAAGGAUAUUCAGGAUUACAAUUAGUGUGACUGAAGAGCACUGUUUGUUUUGGAAUGGCAAGAAGACGUGUACAUGGAUGUUUAUGAGAGAAAAUCAUUCUUUCUACUUAAAUUUAUCAACUCGUAUAGUAAGUGCUUUAUGCCUCCAAUGUCUGCUAUUUCACUUAUGAUGAAUUGUUAAAACUGCCAAUGCUUUGUCUUUCAAAGGAGCUAUAAGAUGAGUUAGUUGUAUCUAUGGGCUUAAUGCUCUGUGAAAAUUAAAGAAUAUUUUUCCUCCCUUCCACUGCAGGGACCUUUGCUUCUCUAGGUAUCAGUAGGACUAUUUGCUUUUUAGCAAGCAAAACAUAAUCUAAAGCCCAGCUACCCAGCUGGACAACUACAGUACAUAUAGUGUUUUCUGCUAUUUUCAGAGUACAGUAAAAAGAUAAAGUGAAUUUGAAGUGUGUCCUUUAGCCAUGUGACAAGCCUAGUUAUUUUUUGGUAAGGUGCUGUAUGAACAUUCAGCCAUUCCCUUAAGUCCUGUGCUGGGAGAAAGGGGGGGGGUAUAAAUAAAUUUUUAAAAAUUGGUCCUGUUUUCUAAAGGACACUGAAGUGCAAGAGUGCUGGACGGCUGCUGGGUCUUGGUGGAUGGAGCAGUUCACUGCCAUGCUCACCUAUUCCAAACCCUGCAGAGCCACAUACCUCAAAGCUAUGUACUGAAGAGGAAAGCUGCACUUGAACUGAUUGUAGUCACAGGGCUUGACAGAAAACAGGUGCUUCUAGAACAGUCCUACUGUUCCAAAGUUUGUCUUCUCCUAAAAGCAUUUGAAUUACCAAUAUGGAAGUCCUGGAAAAUUGCCUCAGUGCAAUCUCCAUCCUCAUGCCAGACAUUGUUGCAUGGGAAUGACCUAGGCCAUUAUUGGUUUGAAAAUUGAAUGUUGCAAAGGCAGUUGCAUGUGAACUACAUUUCCCAAUAAUCUUUGAACUAUUCACAGAAAUGGAGAGGUAGAGUUGCCUAGAUUUCUUUUCCACAAUGAGAACAGUUGGUCCCAGCUGUUUUGGGUUCACAAAACAAGCCUUUCCUCAGUGUGCUUUGGAGGACGUUAGAGCAUAGUGCCUUUAAAAUUCACCAUGACUGAAGACUAUGGUUAAUAUUUUCUGUUCCUGAAAAUGAAGAUACUUCCUUUAAGACAAAGAGUUUCAUGUAGAGGUAACCAUCACUUGUUUCUUCAUUGCAUUUACUGGAACAAAAGGUUUCCCCUAGAGGAGUUUGUGCUUCAUACAUGGUGAUGGCCUUCAAUGAUGUUGCCCAUCUAAUCCAGCUCUCUCCUCAAAUCAUGCUCUCACGUUAAGUGGCUGUCCAGCCUCUUUCUGAAGACAUCCAGAGGAGGAAACCCCCCCCCCCCCACCUCUUUAGUUCCAUUCCAGUCUCUAGAUUACAUUGUCAAACUGGUCUUGCUGUCAAACUAUCCCUUCUAAUGUUCAUUUGAAAACUACUGUAAUUUCAGACCAUUGGACCUGGUGCUACCCUGAGGCAACAGAAAACAGGCCUACCCCACCUCACUGUGACAGUUCUUGAGGUAUUUAAGGAGCGUAAGCAUGUAACCUUCAGUCUCCUUGCACCAAGCUGAAUAUGCUCAGCUCCUUCAACCUUUCCUCACGUUGUCUUCAUCAAACCUCUUUAUCAGUGGUUCCCCACCUGUGGAACCCUUUCACAGGGGUCGCCGAAGACCAUCAGAAAACACAUAUUUGCAUGUAGCAAUGAAAAUAAUUGUAUGGUUGGGGGUGACCAUAACGGAACUGUAUUAAAGGGUCCUGGUAUUAGGAAGGUUGAGAACCACUGCUCUUUAUCAUCCUCAUUGCCCUUCUCUGACUCUUCUCCAACUUUCCUAUAUCCUUCCUGAAUUGAAGCUCCCAGAAUUGAAUGAAUAUGUACAAGAACUGAACUGAAUGAAUAUGUACAAAUAAAAUUUAAAUUAACAAAAUAUAAAUAAACUUGUUAUAGGAAGA